AUGGCCCAACCUCUCCGCCUGCCGGGGCUCCGGCCUCCCUCCACCCCAUACUUCCCUCUCCCCUCCCUUGUCGCCGCGCCUCCUUUCCCCGCCGUUGUCUCCUUCUCUUCCUCUUCCUCCAUCUCCAUCUGCCAGUUCCGGAGCCGAUAUCGCGGCCCCGCUCGCCCCCUGGCAGCGGCCGACGCCGGCGGCGAUGGCGGCGGAGGAGGUGUUCACGGUGGCGACGGUAAUAAAGGCGGCGGAGGGAGCUCCGGAGGAGGGGACGAUGUCUCCGAGGAGAGCCACAGGCGGGAUUCGCCGUCGCAUUUCGGGCUCUUGGGGUUCCUCGUCGAGGGCUGGAGGUCUAGGGUUUCCGCCGAUCCGCAGUUCCCCUUCAAGCUGCUCAUGGAGGAGCUCGUCGGCGUCACUGCAUGCGUGAUCGGCGACAUGUCCUCGCGCCCCAACUUCGGCCUCAACGAGCUGGACUUCGUCUUCUCCACCCUGGUGGUCGGCUCCAUCCUCAACUUUGCCCUCAUGUACCUCCUCGCCCCUACGUCUGCCUCCUCCGCCUCCGCCCUCCCCGGCCUCUUCGCAGCUUGCCCGCAGGGCCACAUGUUCGAACCCGGCGCCUACUCGCUCGCCGAUCGCCUGGGGACAUUCGUCUACAAGGGAAUCGUGUUCGCCGCCGUUGGCUUCGCGGCGGGGCUCACCGGCACCGCCAUAUCCAACGGCCUGAUAUCUCUGCGCAAGAGAAUGGACCCGACCUUCGAGACGCCCAACAAACCGCCGCCGACUCUGCUCAACUCUCUAACGUGGGCGGCCCACAUGGGAGUGAGCAGCAACCUGCGGUACCAGUCGCUCAAUGGGAUCGAGUUCCUGAUGGCGAAGGUGAUGCCGCCCCCAGCGUUCAAGAUGACAGUGCUGGUGCUCCGUUCCCUGAACAACGUCCUUGGCGGCUUCUCAUUCGGUGUCCUGGCAAAGUUGACGGGGGCCCAGAAGCCCGAGAAGGAAGUGGGAGGUGGAAGAGAGCAAGGUGAAGAGAAGGUGGUCUCAGCUGGAUCGGAAAACGGAGGAUGA